GCCCCGCCGCGCGCCGGCAGCGGGCGGAGCCGGCGGGAGCGCCGCAAGAUGGCGGCGUCUGGCAGCGGCGGCAGCCGGGCGGACAACGGCUACGGCAGCCACCAGCCGCGGCGGAGGAAGGGCCCGGGCGCCCUAGCCACGGCCUACCUCGUUAUCUACAACGUGGUGAUGACGGCGGGAUGGCUUGUUAUUGCAGUUGGUCUAGUUCGAGCAUACCUUGCUAAAGGUAGCUACCACAGCCUUUACUAUUCUAUAGAAAAGCCCUUGAAAUUCUUCCAAACUGGAGCUUUGCUUGAGAUUCUGCACUGUGCAUUUGGCAUUGUUCCCUCUUCUGUUGUUCUGACUGCAUUCCAAGUGAUGUCAAGGGUUUUCCUGACGUGGGCAGUAACACAUAGUGUAAAAGAGGUACAAACUGAAGACAGUGUCCUGUUGUUUGUGGUGGCCUGGACAAUCACUGAGAUAAUUCGUUAUUCUUUUUAUACGUUUAGCUUGUUAAACCAUCUCCCUUAUCUCAUAAAAUGGGCCAGGUACACUUUGUUUAUAGUAUUGUAUCCAAUGGGAGUCUCAGGUGAAUUACUGACAAUAUAUGCUGCAUUACCCUUUGUCAGGCAGUCUGGCUUGUAUUCCAUUAGUUUACCUAACAAGUACAAUUUUUCUUUCGACUACUAUACGUUCCUGAUCCUGGUUAUGAUCUCUUACAUUCCAAUCUUCCCUCAGCUGUAUUUUCAUAUGCUGCGUCAGAGGCGAAAGGUGCUCUCCCACACUGAAGAACACAAGAAGUCAGAGUAAUUUCAGCUUUUUUCAGAACUUUUCAAACAUCAAAAUGCUGCAGAUUUUCAAUACCCAGCACAUUUAUAAAGAACAUACCAGGAUAAAAUAAGUCAGAGGUAAAAGACCAAUAAUUUAGCAAGAAUAACCAAUAAAACUGAUGUCACUGAAAUUCCAUAAUGUAAAACACUGAAAUAAUUUUCAGCUUGCAGUGCUUUGGAAAACUUAGACUUUAUAUGGCUUGGCAGUUAGCCUUUUCCUUAAAUGAUGUGCUAAAUGGUUUUCAUUUAUUACUAAAUGCCUGAAGGUUGCAGUAUGAGUGAUAAAGUUGUACCCACUAAAUGCUUGAAUUGGGAUUAUAUUACUGAUACAUUUUGUUUUUUAAGUGCUUGACUGCAUGCCAGAAACUAUGUAUUGCUAUGAAAGCAAACAAUAUGCUCUGGAAUACUUUAGGGUUUUGUCAGAGACUCCAGUGGACAAUGUAAUCCAGGCAAAGUAUUUGAAUUUAGGAAGGUAGGUGGUGUAUUUAAAAGGUGAUGGGAACAGUAAUAGGAAACCAAUUAUGGGAAAUGAGGGGAAUGUGGUUCUUUAGGAAUUUAAACAGUAGGGUGUCUGACCAGUGGGUUCUCUAAAGAUCUUGUUUAAGCUGAUUACUCAAGUGCUAAUGUUAAUUCAGAGGCUAUAAUGCUUAUCUCAAACAUUAAAACUCCUCUAAGUACUGCAUCCCUGGAUACUUUAUUAAAUAUUUUUAAGAAGAAGUAAUACUAACCCUAGUAUUUCUAGUGGUAAUCAGUAAUAAUUCUAAAUGAUGUAAUGAGGCAGGUCUCCCAGGAACAGGUGCAGUUUCCCUUUUUUACUUUAUCAUCUCUAAUCACUGUCCACUGUUUCAGUGGUGCUUAUCUUUCAGUGUUGAGGACUGUUUUGACUAUUGUGGAAUAAUUUGAGAGGCUUGUUCCUCACCCUGACUUUUCUGAAGUAACUAGUACAUAUCACUUUGGCACAUCCAAGCAGGCAGUUCCAGGCACUCAGCUUCUGCAAUGUUGCAAAGUCAUAAGCUCCUAUUUUUAAAGCAGAUUAUCUCAUGAGUUACAUGCUGCUUUUACAGAUGGGACAAGCCUUCUCUCUUCUGCUCUUCUGAAAGAACAGGAGACUGUAGAAAGUUCAGUUUUCCUAGGUGGUUUCACUGGAUUCUCAGGCUAAGCCUUCCCUUGGGAAGGUAAUAGAGAAGAUGAAAGAACUGAGAAAACUUGUGGGGAGGUGGAAUGCACUAAUGCUGUGUGAGCAGUGCCCAAGUUAUGAGCCAGCUGUUGAUUGGGAUUGGCAGAAGAAUGGAAGGGACAAAGAGAGCAGGGAAGUGAACAGAUACCCAACAAAGGCAAAAGGAAAUGUAGUUAGUGUCAGUAUUUCUGAAGAAUGUAAUCUAAAAGAUCUGAUUCCCUGAUGUACUGACAUUAAUGGUUAUUGUUGAUGCUCAGCUCCUGAACUUUUCUUGAUUUGAUUUCUGUGCCCAAAUAAAAGAUUUGGUUUCAAAUUUGUUGGUCCAAUUUGCAGAAAAAAAUACAUCUGUGUAAUAAUCUUAUCUGUAGUAAGCUCAUAGCUCUGUUGAUGAGGAUACAGUACAGAUCUGUAUUAGAUAGCACUGGCUUUACAGAACAGCUGAGACAGCUGCCAGUAGGGAGAAGGCUUGUGCAACUAAUGUCUUUACUGAAUAAGCUUUAUUAUGGAAUAUCUACUUCAAUUGGACAUACUAAUUUACCACACAAAUGCAAAUAAACUACAGCCUUUUAAAAGAAAACAGGGUUACUUUUAAAAGAAAAAGAAAUUGCUUUGAUUCUAAGAAAUUUUGUCAGCAGAGUGGAUUUCAAAAUGUUAUGAAGUGUGAACAUGCAGUUAGUAUGUACAAGAAUCCCAGCACUUCAGUUUGCAGUGCUUUUUCAAGUUUAGCUUUUGUGGAAACCACUGGAAAGUGAUCUAGAGUAAGAACAGUGUGCAGUGCCCUAAUGCUGUUUGGGUUUUUCCCUGAUACUGAAUUCAGUCACGCAUAUAGGUUUUUUCCUCCUCAGAAAAGAAUUAACAAAUUUCCCCUCAUCUGUCAAUGAAAUUGUAAUGUGGUUUAUGUGAACUUUAUAAUAGAAAUUUUACUUAGUACUCUUUGUUGCAAACCUAGAGUGUUGUUUUCCCACAGGCUAUUUAUUUGGCUUGCAUGUUUUCCACCAGCAUCACUAGACUUCUGCAGCAGACCUGUUUUCUGCUUUGGUAGUCUUUGUGUUGUGUGCAUUGGUUCAGUCAACAAUACUUUAUGUUCUACCAUGCUGGCCUUGUCCAAAUUAGUUACUACCCUCUGAAAGACCAAUGUUCUUACCAGUGUAUAGUUUACAACUGGAAUUGUAGAAAUGUUCAUAUUGUAAAUUACAGUAAGAUGCAGGUUACAGUGCAGGUAAUUGUAAUUUUUCCACAAUGUGAUGUUUCUAUCAAAGGUGGAAUUUUUUAAUUAUCAGUAGAAGGUUGGCAUUUGUGUGGACCAAUCUGCAAUGUCAUCUUAAAACCUAUCUUUCAGUUUCAAAGUUUCAUGAGUAUACAUCAAAUCAUAAAUUUUGAUGUAUAUUUAUGUCAGUGAAACUUAGGUGAAAACUAUAUACAGUCAUUUUUGUAUUUUUUUCUAUGUUGUGAAGAAUAAAAUUGUAAUUUUAUAAGUCUGAUUCACUAAGAUUAUUAUAAGUUAAAUGUAUUUUUUGUAUAUUUAGGAAUCUGGUAUUACCUGGAGCUCUGAAAGAUUAAGCAUAGGCUUUUUAUGCAUGUUUGGAAGAUAUUUCUACUUGAUAAUGCAGUGAAAUGGUUUGUAUGCUAAAAUACUAGUAGGUGUUUUUGUCUUGUGAAAUUGAUUCUGUGCUCUCUGCCUGGAUUUGGCCUACUGAUCAGUGAUACUAAUUGCUAUAAUCCAAAUAAAAUAAUUCUCAACAAAA